GCUCGAGCCGUCGAGUCGAGCGUCGCUCGUAGUGCUCCGCGCGCUCCGGUUCUCGCUCUGGCUCCCCGAGAGUCCGACCUGGCUGUGAGUCCUGAACGCAGUUUAAAAUCGAUGCUUCUCGCAGGUUGGAGUCAGUCUGCGAGAGGCUUCCGCGCGUGCAACAUCCCCGAGCCGCGGCACGAGUUACACGGAUGUCUCUUGGAAACGCGGCCAAAUGACAGGGUCGCCAACUACUCAAAAGAACAAUGAAAUACGCGAUCCGAGAGAGACGCCAAUAUCGCGGGCUACACACGUCACAAACGACUUACAACUUGUUCUCGUAGAAUCCACGCGUUCAGGGGUACGUCGGAUUCAAACGGAGGAUACGACGACCCAACGACCCGACGACCCCCCUAUUCCUCUCCGUCAUCCUCCUGAUCCCGAAUACGGCAUCCGCAAACUUUGCGCGUAACGAGGCGACGGCCUGAUAAAAGUUUCGCACCUUUCUGGAAGAGGUGCGCGGGUCCAAGAGGAAGAAACACAGGGAGGGCCAACAAAAAGAUAAAAGACAAAAGAUACAGGCGGAAAAAGAAAAAGAGAGACAGAGGGAGAGAGUGAAAGAGGGAGAAUUUCUUGCUUCCCUGCCUGGCUGCCUGCCGACGCUUGUGAAUCUAACUGAUGCCAGUCGUACAGAGGAGUACCCGUAGUACGUAUAGUGAUGGUGGAUGGUGAUGGCGGUUGCGGUAGCCUGUGUAGCCAAGCGAAAUCGAGCAUACCUACGAGUGCUGGUCGAGAGAACGCCUCCAUCGUGAAAACUUUUGGAAUUAAAUAUUUUAACGACGCAUUCACACCGCCCGUUAAGCUUACGAGCGCGGCGAUACCUUCAGGCAGUGAAUUUUCCAACUGAAAUAAUACACCCGAUAAAGCGUUAAAGUGGCCCAAGUGAUUUUCGUGACCCACCACUGUUGCCCAUAUACCGGACGUAACCUAUUAAACAGCUUCCAGCCAUAUGCUACUCUGAAGUCACUCGGCUCCUCGUGGAACAUGAAGACUGAUCAUCAGCCGAUAUCCGCAAGAUUCUGUGCCCUGCUGACUCUGCUAGGGAGCAUCGAUUGCGUCAUGACGCUGGACAUACGGUCAUGUAACUCAGCCCUGGGAAUGGAGUCUGGAGAUAUCCCAGACUCUGCCAUCAACGCAACCUCCUCCUACGUGACAAAUGUUGGACCGCGAAACGGCCGACUGCGAAAGGAAACGGCUGGCGGUGCUUGGUGUCCCAAGAGGCAAAUAGAAACGGGGGUUCGCGAAUGGCUCCAGGUCGACUUAUCCAGUCCCCAUGUCGUUACUGGCGUUCAAACCCAGGGUAGGUACGACCAUGGACGUGGCCAGGAAUACGUUGAGGAGUAUACCAUUGAGUACUGGAGACCCGGCUUCACGGAAUGGCGAGAAUACAGACGCUGGGAUAACAAGAAGGUCUUAGCUGGAAAUAGCGACACUGCCACAGUCGUCUCGCACGAGUUGAUUCCACCAGUUUUUGCCAGUCAAAUUCGAAUCCUCCCGCAUUCCGUUCACAGGCGCACAGUGUGCCUUCGUAUCGAACUCAAAGGUUGCCAAGACGAGAGUGGUAUACUGAACUACGUAAUACCAGAGUCUCCAGUGGCCGAGCUCAGUGACAGUUUCUAUGAUGGUAAAAGAGAAUAUGGAUUAUUGUCGGACGGUUUGGGUCGACUGGUCGAUGGGGAAACAGGCCCGGACAAUUACAGACUCGAUACUGGAUACGUUGGAGGCAGCGGAUGGGUCGCGUGGAUGCGUGAUUCGUUUCCUGAGAAUUUCAUUGAACUGCUAUUUGAAUUCGAUGACGUCAAGAUAUUUAACGCUGUGCAUAUAUACACGAACAAUUAUUUCACACGAGACGUACAGGUCUUUUCGAAGGCAAAAGUCUGGUUCAGCGUCAGUGGUAAAUUUUACAAUGGAAAGCCACUCUCCUACUCCUACAUACCUGACACCGUGCUAGAGAAUGCCAGGAACGUCACAAUUGGCUUACACGAGCAUCGAGGAAAAUUCCUGAAACUUCGUCUCCACUUCGCAGCUCGAUGGAUCAUGAUUAGCGAGGUGACUUACGAUAUCGCAAACCCUUACGAUAACGCUACCGAGAACGGAGUCUCCGUGAUCAGCACCGGCGAUAUUCCUGUCAACCCUGAGCUGGAUCUCACGCUGCAAACAAUUACUGCAAGGGACGAAAAUCAAGAGUACGUUGAAGUACUUAUAGGAGUACUUACCGCAAUCACUUUACUCCUAUUGCUAGUCCUGGUUAUCAUUCUGCUGCUCAGUCGUCGUCAGAAGCUUCAGAGUUCACCGACUGUACUGAAAAACCCAUUUGGAUUCGCUGUUAACAUGAAGGGUCUGCUGCUAAAUUUGACGCCUGGCAGUAUGCUUCACGACAAUACACGUGUCUCGCCGGAAGUAGCUGAUGACACCAGUCUUCACGAAUCCUUGACGAUGGAACAAUUUGAUUCGCCUUUGGUUUCUGGACAGAAUAAACAGUCGUACGCGCCUAUACCGAGUAGUGACUCUGCGAAGGAAGUAGACCUGAGCAACAUUUCAGAAGAUAAUUCCAACAUCGAUAUGAAGACAGAAUAUAUGACAAAUCAGAUACCAACAAGUACGACAAUGCCCACGCCGAGUUAUACGUCGUCCCCAUCAAACUCUCCUGCUAGACAAUCUCAACACUAUAGGACACUUCAGUUGUAUACUGCUGCAACAUCUAGACUGAAUGUAACUACAGCAUCAAAUUUGCACAGGGAAGGCGAGCAAGUCUAUGCGAAACGCUGGCAUACGGCACCUAAAGAGAAGCACAAAGUACCAGCACCAGUAGUCAGCUGGAACAUAGCACCUAGCAUGAACAAGCCAUACAAAUGCAAGGAGAUCGAACCUAUAGAUAUUCCACGUAUCUAUUUGCGAACGGCAGAGAAGCUUGGAUCGAGUCAAAUCGGAGAGGUAAUAGUCUGCGAGGCAGUAGGACUGGAAGAGGUGGUAACAGGUGCCGGUAAACUUGUGGUAGCCCGUGUUCCAGCAGUCCCAAUAGAAUCCAGAAAUUCUAACAAUACGGCGGACGUGAUGAGAGAAUUGCGCUUCCUCUCUUGUCUAUCGGAUCCAAACGUAGCAAGGAUUCUGGGAGUCUGCACUGCAGAACCGGCACCCUGGACAAUCCUCGAGUACACAGAACUAGGCGAUCUCGCUCACUACUUACAGUACAGUGUACCAUUAACUGGAACUCUCAGGCCAAGUUAUAAUCUAAAAGCUCUCAGUCAGAGCUGUCUUCUAUACAUGGGAACUCAGAUAGCAUCGGGCAUGCGAUUUUUGGAGUCAAAGAAUCUUGUUCACAAGGAUCUGGCAGCCAGAAACUGUCUUGUGGGUCGUUGCUACACUGUUAAGAUAACUGAUAUAGCAAUGUGUAGCGACCUGUAUAAAAAGGACUACAGCGACAUCGGUGGGAGACCUCCUGCACCUAUAAGAUGGCUACCCUGGGAGAGUAUUCUACUGGAUAGGUACACGUGCUCGAGUACCGUAUGGUCGUUCGCUGUGACAUUAUGGGAAGUCAUGAGUCUCGCGCGAGAAAAACCUUUCCAACAUCUCUCGAACGAGCAAGUCAUUCAAAAUGCCGAGCUUAUGUAUUACGGAGGAGAGCUACAAACAUUUUUGCCAAAACCGACAAUGUGCCCGGACGACGUAUACCGAGUGAUAUGUUCCUGCUGGAAGAGAGACGAGACUGCGCGGCCAACUUUCAAGGAUAUUUAUACGUUUCUUAAGAAUGUUAAUGGAGACUAUCGACCAGGUGCAUAAUCGUAGUUGACUGUGAUAACGAAUAGUCAGUUGCUCUUUACACUGACGACGUUCUCAGGUUCGUCCACGUCAAGCAAAUGACUGUAAAGAUUUGGCUACGUAAAGCCAGGAAUACGUGACUUGGUACUCCAAAAAGAAGAGACACGCGGAUAGAGAGUAAAAGACAGAGAGAUAGAGAAAAUGACAUAAGAAAAAGAGAUAUAGAAACUCUCGAGUUCCUACUGCCAAAGCUAAUUGCAUUUAAUCGUGCAAUGUUUACGCUCGGGCGUAUUCAGUAUUUCGAAAGGGAAAAAAAACGCUUGUUUGAAAUUCCACGUGGUAUCUAUUGCCACAGUAAAUUGAAAAAUACAAGCGGAUCGUACAAUUGGAACAUAUCAUCGUCUCUUCUUCGACUACCUGCGAAAGCUUUCAGUGUAAAUAUUAACUAACGUAUUAAGUUCAGCUCUUAAGGAUAUACAAGGACUAUUCUAAGCGCAACGUUUCCAGUAUCGCUACGCCAUCGAAAUCUAGUCAGUCUGAUUCCUUUAUUUCUACAAAACUGUUAUUCUGUACAGAAUCCCUUUUAAUUUAAUUACGUCAAGUGUAUACAAGGAUAAGUGCUAAAAAAAGAUAUAAAAGUCUACUGACCUGUAAAUACUAUAUAGAUAAACACGCGCCAAUGAACGAAAUUAAAACGACACGCGCAAACAGCGUUAUAAAUUGUGCAAUAAGAGAGGACAGAAUUGUUUUUCGCUUUCAUGGAAUACGUGAGUACGUGCAGGACAAACGACAAUGCUUGCUAGUAACUAAUAGCCAAGUAUUUUGCGCGCGUCGUUUUUAAUUUUCAAUUUGAUUUGUAGGCUGGAUAUUUUUAUGGUACCCCAUACGGUAUUCAGGAUCGAUCAAAGCAAUGUAUAUGUAGGUACUUCAGUACAGAACUUUUGCACGACUCUAAUUACGACACUUAAUCUCUUAAUUAUAUAUAAAUAUAUAUAUAUAUGUAUUGCUAAUUGUCCCAUGUCAAAGAAAGAAUCGUCGAUCCUUGCAUAAAAAAUAUCCAGCAUUCUUAUCUUGUACAUUCGAAGCCCGAUAUAGUAAGUAAUUAAAUAACAUAAAAGUUUAUCGAUACGUCAUUCAGUUUAUAAACGACAGAAAGAAAAGUUUGUUGAACGUGUUAGAUCUGUCAUCUGGAUGGAUCUCUGCUCGUCGUGAGCGAUAUCUAUUUUCUCUUUCUUUUUUUUAUUUCAAUGGUUAUUUGCCAUCUGAAAGCGUCUAAACUUCGCCCUUACUAUCUUCUAGCUUCAGCUAAACAGUAAUAAAACAAAAUUUAGAUCCCACGUAAAUUGUGCUUGUAAUUUCUUAUGGGUUAAUAAUUAGUUAACGAAUCGAAUCAAAACAUGUUUCGUAUCUCGAAGAUGAAUUUUAAUCCCUGGCAUAAUUAUCAGAAAUAUUACUAAAAUAUUUUAUUAGAUAAAGCUAACAGACUCGUGCUCGACUGCUUACAAAACUUAUAUAAUUUCCUAUCAAAGAUUCAUCAUAUAAUAUCUGCACGAUUGAUCGUCGUAAUUAUUACUAAUCGAUACACCCAAAUCAACCUCUCUUCGAGCCUUUGAUAUAUUACGUCGUUCCAAAGCGAUAUUUACGGCAGCUAACAGAUACCAUAAGGUAACCAAACGAGUUAUAUUAACGCGCGAAUCGUACGACUGCGCCACUUUGACCUCUGACACUAUGCCGGUCCUCAUGGGAUUUGCUAAAAGUGCUUCUCGAUGCUGGUAAUCAUCUUGAAGAUGGUACUUUCUCCGAAGUCGUCGGUUCUCGGUGAAUUUCCAGAUGUUACCGCAGACUGCUAAUGAUAUAGCUGCUGAAGAAAUUAUUGGCAGCGAGUUCGUUUCAAUUUUUAUUUGAUCCAUUUUAUCCGUUUUAUCCGUUACUUCGAUGUAGGCCAUGCCCCCUCUACGUUUAAUGCAAAAAUAAAGAGGGUCGAUUUAUAGAACGACAGAAAUUAUAUUAAUUAGAGGCAAAUUAUUAAUUAAUUACGAGUAAAGGUACAAAGUGAGGUUGAAAUUUUUUUUUUCAUAUAUUUUGCAUUCGCCUCUACGAUUAUUAAACUAGGACACACUGUAAUGACGCUCCACUUGAAACUUCCGAUUUAAAAGUGCCAUUACGCCCGUUACGCUAUAACGUGUUACGAAAGUGUUACGAGUUCAGAGUCGUGAUCGGAAAUCACCGAUUCGAGUGUCCGAUAUGAAAACUCGCAGAUCGAAGAUAUCCUAUUACUGCGUCGAGUCUGUAAUAUAUUGACGCCAUGUCGAGACUGUGCUUUUCGCGUAACACUGGUUACUUUACUGGAGUUUCUCACGAUACUCAAAGCCCUCACUUACGUGGAAUAAUUGAAUAGUAGUUAGACUCUCCUCUGCAUCGAGAUAAUGCAUUAGCAAAUAGAAAGAACAAAAAAUCGUAUACAUAAUAUCUAUCAAAGCAAUUCCUACGUACUGUUGAGAAAAUGUUUGCGUAUAAAGUGUUCUCUUAUCUGCGCGCAGCG